AUGGCAAUGGAAAGGGUGAUGGAUAUCCCAUCUGAUAAUGUGUAUGCUUAUGCAUUAUCAAAAACCCUCACAAAGGUUGCUUCUCCUUUGACUGUGGGUCUGUAUUCAGAAUGCCACAACAGGAUCAACAUGGUGCUCAAGAACAUUGAGGUUCAUAUGAAUCUCGAGGCAAAAAGAAGAGAACAGAAGAACACAAAGGGACAAAAGCCACGCUCAAUUAAACCCUCCAUUUCUGACCUGCUAUCUCUGAUCUUGCGUCUCCUCUUCUAUCGACCUGUGUGGACGGAUCAGAACCAGAACAGGAAGAACAUUCGUUACCUGUUUGUGAGGUUCAGCGCCUGGCAUUUUGCCGGCAGUGACUUCCUCUGGGCUGGAUUGGUGAUGCAGCUGUGCAAGGCUCUUCAGAAGAGCUUUGGUAAGCUCCAGCUGGGCCUUUUCCGGAUUGCACAGCACAACGAAGAGAAGGAUGCAGAAAAGAAGAAGAUUGAGGACACUUUUAAGGACUGGAGGUCCAAGAAGGUGUGCUGCAUCCCAGUUUGGGCUCUAAUAAUAAUGGGAUUCAUUGGAACACUCCUUAUUCUGAUCCCUCUUAUUAUAUAUGGAUUCCCUAAACUGAAGGACAUAACAGAAGUAGAGAAUGGGUAUGAGGAGUCACAUGGCUACGGUGUGCUAGAAGGUUUUGCCAUCGCUAUCCUUGGUGUCCCUGCAGCUGGAGCAUUAAGAUUCACAUUCUUGCUGUUGAAGAACCUCAUCUUCAACCAGGACCUCAAAAUCAGACAAGGGCUGGACAACCAGAAGGUGAGUCAGCAGCUGGGACUCAUGCAUGAAGUUCGGAAGGAGAUGAGACUCCUGUGCUGCUUUAUUCACUUCAUGGAGAUCUUUGAGAGGAGGAAGAUCCGGGUGGUGUUGGAGAUAACCAACUUGGACCGCUGUACACCAAAGAAAAUCGUCGGUGUCUUGGAUGCCAUCAACAUACUGUUAUCUGAUGAAGAGAGUCCCUUUAUUUCUCUGCUUGCUGUGGAUCCAGAAGUGCUUGUUAGACAGUUGGACCAGGCAGAGGACUGUUUAAGCAAAACAGACUCUUAUGACUUUCUAGACCGUAUCAUCACACUGCCCUUCACCGUUCCUCCACUGUGCGAUGCAUCCAAGUGCAGGGUCUUCAAGAACAUUGUCCGUGGUCAGUCUGAGAUCCCUGAAGAAUUCCCUCUUGAGGACACUGGAGCAUUAGGCCCGCCCAGUACAUUGCUCUCUGUAGAAGAUGAGUAUUCUGUAAAGUACAGUAAGGCUGAAAAAGAACAAGCCGCCCCUUUGAUUGCAAAAAAAGGAAAAAACUACACUUUCACAACAGUCAAACUCAGUCAAGAAGAAGUGGAUACGUUAAUUGAGUCUGCAUUUUACUGCAUCCUCUCAAGAGACAAAAGCAACCUACAGACAUACUUAUCUGGUGAUACCAUGUCCAUGAGACGAGUGAUUAACUCCAUUCGAGUAACUAUUAUUAUCAUGGAGACUCUGAAAUUGGAACCUCCACCUCCUGAGAAGAUCGCUGCCUGGGUGGUUUUGGUCGACUGCUGGCCUUGCAGACUAAGCUGGAUCCUUCAAUGUGUGGAGGAUGACCAACAGAGAGCCGAGAUAGAUGAACAUGAUGGAACCUUCUGUGCUGCUGAUCAUACCGAAACACUGUGGGAUGUGUUCAGACGCAAUAGUCUUGAGCUCUGCAUGUUCGGAAAUGAGGUGGAGAACUUUUUGGAAAGAGAUGGGGACCCUGAGCUGUUUGAAAUUUUCCUUAGGAAAGAUUUCAAGUUCACUGUAGGGGAGUUGGAACGAUUUAAGCUUUGUACGGUGAACUUAAACUACUGCAUCAAGAAUGAGCUGGCUAGGAUCCGUGGGAGCCGCAGAUUAAAAAGAGCAAGGAGAAACGCUUUCAACUCCCUCUCAGCACGAACUGUAAUGAACAUGAAAACAGAAGAUAUUUGUCAAGAGCUAUCACGACUAAGCUUCCCAGAGAAAUAUACCCAAACAGUAAGGGAAAAUUUCCUAGAUGGUCGGACAAUCCUCCUCAGUGACCCCAAAGACCUCAGACAGGUCCUGCAAAUGACUCUGGGUGAAUGGAUGACUUUUAAAAUUCAUUUCCUGGGGGUCAUGCCUCAUAGUCAACCAAAUGUGGCAGAAUCUCGUCUGAAAGCCACACACUCUGGAGUGCUCGUAUGCCCGUCUGACCAUGGCCAGUAA